UGUUGACAUAAUGUUUAUGUAUUAGUUUUUACGUAGAAAAUGUCCCAACAUCGGUUUAAAGUAUCAAAGGCCAAUGCUGAUGGGGCAGAAAAUACAAAAGAGACUUUCCGACGGGUGAAUCUGUCAACAGAUAUUGAAGUGAAUAUCAUCGAACCGUCCCCCGAGAGAAAAGAUAGGAAGAAAUCAAGCAUUUUGACCGGAAAGGCCGGAAAUUUAGCAUUGUACGAGGAUGAGCUUCACAAACGACCAAGGAUUUCGACGCUUUUAGAUAGUUUGUCGAGGUACGAAGCUGUUGCAUCUCCGCAACAAGAUGACGAUGAAGGAGAAGCGAAAGCGGCUACGACUAGUCAGGUCACAAAGAUGGGUACACUUAUGGGUGUGUACCUACCAACCAUUCAGAACAUUUUUGGUGUUAUCCUGUUCAUCCGUUUAUCUUGGAUAGUAGGAAUAGCAGGAACAUUUCAAGCAUUUUUCAUUGUGUUCAUUUGCUGCUGUUGUACAAUGUUGACAGCCAUCUCAAUGAGUGCCAUAGCUACAAAUGGAGUUGUUCCAGCUGGGGGAGCUUAUUUUAUGAUUUCGCGUGCCCUUGGUCCUGAAUUUGGUGGAGCUGUUGGGCUUCUGUUUUAUCUGGGAACCACUUUUGCUUCCUCAAUGUACAUCCUUGGUGCUAUAGAAAUACUUCUGACAUACAUGGCUCCAUCAAUGUCUCUCUUUGGAGAUGUGAGAUCAGGAGGUGGUGCACAGUCUCCAGUGAUGCUAAACAACAUGAGGGUGUAUGGCUCCAUCUUGUUGGUUUUACUUAUUGCAGUGGUUUUUAUUGGUGUCAAGUAUGUCAACAAAUGUGCCUCUCUGUUUCUGGCCUGUGUGUUGUUUUCCAUCUUGGCCAUCUACCUUGGAUUCUUUUCUGCACAUGCUCGAGAAAUGCCCAGGAUCUGUUUGUUGGGUAACAAGUUAUUAGCUAGUAACAGUUAUCAUGAGUGUGCAAGGAAUGAUACAUUACUAAAUGCAACAUAUGGAAAUGAUGAGACAUUCUGGAGUAAAAAUCCUCUGAGCUAUGUGAUUGGAGUGCCGGGCAUUCCUAGUGGGCUUUUUUUUGAUAAUUGGAACAGUCAGUAUCUAGAGAAGGAUGAAGUUUCUUUUGGUGUCAAGGCUGGUGAAUAUCAGGGGGAAGUGAGAUCAGAUAUCUCCACAUCUUUUUUCAUUCUCCUGGCAAUUUUCUUUCCAUCUGUCACUGGUAUCAUGGCAGGGUCCAACAGGUCUGGUGACUUGAAGGAUGCACAACAGUCUAUUCCUAAGGGCACAAUAACGGCCAUAACAACUACAUCUGUAGUCUAUCUCACCUCAGUAUUACUGUUUGGAGCAACAGUACAGGGCGACUUACUCAGAGAUAAAUUCGGUCGUAGUAUCAACAGUGUUAUGGUCGUUGCUGAGAUCGCCUGGCCUCCCACGAAAUGGGUGAUUCUAAUUGGUUCAUUUCUAUCCACUGUGGGAGCAGGAAUGCAGAGUUUAACAGGUGCACCCCGGCUGUUGCAAGCUAUUUCUAGAGACAAUCUGAUUCCAUUUCUGAAUAUCUUUGCUCAUGGUUCUAAGUCUGGUGAGCCAACUCGUGCCUUGGUUCUUACAGCUUGUAUUUCAGAAAUUGGAAUUCUGAUUGCCAACUUGGACUCAGUUGCGCCCAUUAUAACAAUGUUCUUCUUGAUGUGCUAUGGAUUCGUCAACUUGGCUUGUGUGUUACAAUCGUUGCUUAGGACACCAAACUGGAGACCGCGAUUUAAGUAUUACCACUGGUGUGCGUCGUUCCUGGGAAUGUGGUUGUGUUUGGCUUUGAUGUUUAUCUCCAGCUGGUACUAUGCUCUUGUUGCUAUUACACUAGCAGCUGCUAUUUACAAGUACAUUGAAUACCAGGGCGCAAAGAUUGAGUGGGGAGACGGAUUCAGGGGACUGGCGCUGAGCGCAGCUAGGUACAGCCUGAUGAGACUGGAAGAGGGUCCACCGCACACCAAGAAUUGGAGACCUCAAAUUCUUGUGCUCUGCCCCCUGAAGGAGACUUUAGAACCUGAAUUCAGACGCCUUUUAAGCCUGGCGAGCCAACUUAAACACGGACGUGGUCUUACAAUCGUGGGAUCCAUUCUGGAAGGAGACUUUAAAGAAAGAACUGAAGAUGUUGCUUUGGCAAAGGAGGUUUUACAAGGCUGUAUGAAGGAAGAAAAAGUUAGAGGUUUUCUGAAGGUGAUCGUGGCAACCAAAGUAACAGAGGGGAUUUCUUUCUUGACGCAGAGUUCCGGCCUUGGAGGCUUAGAACCUAAUACCUUGAUGAUCACAUGGCCCGAAAACUGGCGGGAAAAAGCGCAGUGGAAGAGCUUUGUCCAUACCAUACGAUCUGUAUCGAAGAGUCAACAAGCCGUGCUUGUUGCCCGUAAAAUAGACUCGUUCCCCAGCAACACAGAACGCUUAGAAGGCAAUGUGGACGUGUGGUGGAUAGUUCAUGAUGGUGGUUUAAUGAUCCUGAUCCUCUUCCUCUUAAAACAGCAUAAAGUUUGGAGGAAGUGUAAUCUUAGGAUUUUUACAGUAGCACAACUCGAGGACAACAGCAUUCAAAUGAAGAAGGAUCUGGAGUCAUUUAUGUACCAACUGAGAAUCAAGGCGCAGGUUGAAGUCAUUGAAAUGAUGGACCAAGAUAUCUCGGAAUACACUUACGAACGCACGUUAUUGAUGGAACAAAGGCAUCAAAUGUUACGUGAGAUGCACUUGUCUAGAAAAGAAAGCAAACGUGAAAUUCAAGACGUUGUGGAACAUUCUUACCGGAGGCGAUCUUUGUCCGGAAGACGGUCAAAUUCCGAUUAUAAAACUGGCAAAGAAUCGGAGAACACGAGUAACUUUGGCAAGGAGUCGCAUUCUGACGAACAGGGUUCGAGUUCAUCCAAAAAAAACACGAAGAUUUCUGAGAAACCCUCGAUUCAAAGCGACGAAGGCACAAAAGGAGUCGAGUUGGAUAAGAACAAAACAGACAUUGUACAUAGUUCUACUCCAGAACGUGACUUGAUCUUUACGUUAAGUGGCAAGGACGUUUUUGUGGAUAAAAAUACAGACAGUGAUAAAGAGACACAACCAGGAAUCGCUUCAUAUACAAAUGACGGCCAAAGUGCAGAGGAUGGAAAAGAAAGUUUGAGAGGAACACCGAAGGAGAAGAAUCUGCAACGAAUGAACACAGCAGUGAAACUGAAUCAGCUUGUAAAAGACAGGUCAACAGGAACUCAACUUCUCGUUGUCAACUUACCUGGAGCACCCGUAGAGGAGAACGAUUGGCUACACUAUAUGGAGUUUCUAGACGAGCUAACGGAAGGAUUGGACCGAGUGCUUAUGGUACGCGGAGGAGGACGGGAAGUCAUAACCAUAUAUUCGUGACGUCAACGCUCCUGUCUGUAGAGAUUUUGCACACUUUUCGCAUUGAUUAUGAUAAAGAACAACAAACCGUUUCGAUAUGAGAAACACUUUGAUCGGUAAAGCGUGAUGUCUCUUGUAAGUCGAGUUUGGUAGGAAUUUUAAAAUGUCAUUUGAUUCAUCGCGACAAAGAGAUUAUUUUGAGCCAUAUUUAAGUUUUUAGAGAUUUUAUUUAUUGCGCGAUGAAAAAUUAGAUUUAAAAAAUGAUCUCUACGUUGUUUUCCACACAAUGAUUCAAUCUUGUAGUGAGAUCGAUUUUAUUGGGAACUAUCGUAACCAUAGCGUUAUUUGUGAUUUCAUAAGAAAUAGCUUUAUUUUACUGAGGCAGUUAAAGGUAUUUAAAAUAUACAGACAUUAA